UCGUUGUGUCUCGCGGUCUUUGCUGCUCUGAAACUUUGCUGAAGUUUACCUCUCAGGUCUCUCGUGAGCUCAGCUCAUUGAGAAACUUUGACAGAGACAUGAGCGGACAGACUGUCCCUGCAGACUUUUCGGGACAUAUGUUGGACCUGGACGAGGACGAGGACCUAGAGGUUUUCAGUAAGAACACUUCACGGGCAGAUGGAAGUCCCAUGCCCAACUCUCCCAGCUCCAUGGUCAACCAGUACAGACUGGAGGAAGAUGAGGAGGAGCAGCAGGAUGCCAACACCAAAGACCUCUUUAUCAGCGUUGAUAACCCAGAGAGCCACGUGACUGCCAUCGAAACCUUCAUCAUGUACAGGGUCGUGACCAGGACAAUGCGGAGCGAGUUCGACUCCAGUGAGUACGAAGUACGGCGGCGCUACCAGGACUUCCUGUGGCUGCGAAGUAGACUGGAAGAAAACCACCCGACGCUCAUCGUCCACCCGCUGCCGGAGAAGUUUGUGAUGAAGGGCAUGGUGGAGCGCUUCAACGACGACUUCAUCGAGACCAGGAGGAAAGCUCUGCACCGCUUCCUCGACAAGAUCUCUGAGCACCCCAUACUGUCCUACAGCCAGCACCUCAAAGUCUUCCUCACCGCACAGGAGUUGACAUCUCACAGGAAACAGGGUCCAGGCUUCCUGAGCAGGAUGGGGGAGACGGUGAGGGCAGUAGCCAACUCGGUACGAGGCCUGAGGAGCCGGCCGGAGGAGUUCACCGUGAUGCAGGAGUACGUGGAGGACUUUAGUAACAAGAUCUGCUCUGUAGACAAAGUCACACAGAGGAUCAUCAAGGAACAGAGAGAGUAUCUGGAUGAGUUGAAGCAGUACGGCCCCACCUACACGCAGUGGGCGGGUUCAGAGGAGGAUCUGUUGGAGCCGCUGAAAGGCGUGGCUGGCUGCGUGGAGCGGUGCAGCAAGGAAACAGAAGAGCAAAUCCAGCAUCUGUCUGAAGUCCUCGUCCCUGCCCUGCACGAGUACGUCCUCUGUGCCGAGACGCUGAAGGCGGUGAUGAGACGGAGAGACAACAUCCAGGCUGAGUUUGAAGCCAAGAACGAGGCCCUGGCAUCCAGAAAAGCUGACCAAGAAGCACUGCAGGAGGAGGUGGAUGGUCUGGCAGACCGGGUGGAGCUGGCCAACAAUGCCUUGAAGGGAGACUGGUCCCGCUGGCAGGACAGCAUGAGAACUGACCUCAAGUCAGCCUUUAUGUCUACCGCCGAGAAGAACAUGGAGUACUACGAGAAGUGUCUGGCUGUGUGGGAGUCAUUCCUCCUGUCUCAGAGAGUGGAGCCAGCUGAGCAGAAGGAUGUGGAAGACACCUCUUAAAGUGUGUGGAUGACCGAACAUGGAGAUGGCACACAGCCCCUGUCCAACAAAUCUAAAAUAUAUAAGACUUUGAACCGAGGUCCACAUAUGCAAACAUGCAUCGUGUACAAAACAAGCACACUCUGUCUCUUUUUCUGUCUGUCUAACCAAAGACGUUAAUUAAUCCUAAUCUCAGCAUUCCAGUGAUGAUUGUGCAUCACUAAAACCAACACUGUGAUCCAAAUAUCCACAGAUAGUGUUUACACACCACUAUGUGCAUUGCCAAAAGUUAAAGGAAGACUCCUGUCUCUUCAGGUUCCAGUCUGCUGUUUUGUGGUGCGUUAUUUUUCAUAGAUAUCGUAACUGUAGACAACAUAGUAACACUUUGGAUGGAAUCCAGUGUGGAUGAAAAACAGCUGUGUCCAGGUUCAGGGGAUGCCUCCUUGAAAGUAUGGUGAAUGCUAAGGCGUGGCAUCAUCAGAAGCUUUUGCCCCUCACCUCAGAAGUCAAAACUAAUGAAUCACGUCUUCAACUCCAAUUAGAAUUUUCCAGGAAGUGGCACUCAGAUAACAGAGUAGUAAAUUAUAGUACACACUCUGAUACAGUCUGAUAUUUGAGACCAUAGAGAGAAGAAUUGGAGAUAAACAUGAAAAGGCUGCUGCUUUACAGUAACCUUACCACAUCAACAAAUCUGAAGUUACUUGUUAGCCACUCAAGAGGCAGCAGAGGAAGCCGCCAUGAACAAACAGAAUGUCAUUUGUACAAUGUAGUUUAAGAUUAGUCUGUGUGAGUCGGGUUCAAAUCAGUUUAGUUCAAACAAAUCACACAUUUUCAUUUGUUCCAACAAGAUAUGAACUUUUGUAGACUUCAAAAGAUGACACCCCUGAAGUGAGACACAGCUACUAAAACCAAUCUACUGCAUCAUACCCAUGUCAUGGAACCAUGUUACUGACCAUAACCUUCCAACCCUUAACUACAUGAUAGCAUUUUAGCAUUUUAGCCAUGAUCACUGUUUGUUUUGUUGUUGUAAAUUUGAUGGCAUUCAUUUAGUGACAUGAAUCUAAGAGACACUUCCUGAUCCUGUUGUGAUCCUGUUAACAGUAGUUAGUUCUAGAAAAAGUGGACUGAGUUUUGACUGAUUUUUUGUUCGCUGUUUUCUGGACAGUAUCCUUAAGACCUGGUUUUAGUAAGUUGUACGACCAAAGUCAAAGACAUCUCUAAUUCCAGGAUGAGACUACAAGACAUCAGCCUGAUAAUAAUCUGAUCCAACACAUGUUGUUUUCAGGGACAUCCCCUGGAUAUCCUCCCAACAUGGGCACAGAGAGUGUGUGUGCUUCAAUUUUAUACUACAGUACAUUGUAGGGCUACAAGUAACAACAAUCAACAUAAUCGAUUAAUCAAGAAAAUAAUUCGCUGAUUAAUCACUUAGUAGUUUGGUCUUUAGAAUGUCACACGUACUCAAAUCUCUUGUUUUGCCCACAACCCAAAGAUCUUCAAGCUACUGUCAGAGAGGACCAAAGAAACCAGUAAAUCCAAAAUUAGAAUUUGGACAUGUUAUCUUAAAUAAUGAAAAAUACAUUAAUCAAUUAUCAGUAUAGUUGUCAAUUAUUUUACCCCUCUUGGGUCUGAGAAAUGGCCCUAUGAAUUGUUAUUGCAGUCGUUGGGGAUUGCUCCAACCUCAGAGAGUUAAUAGUUGACAUCUAAUCAAUGCCUCAACUGGUCCUUACAGUGUCUGCAUAAACAUGCACUCACAUUUGUAACAAAGUGAUGUGAUUUAAAGUCGGUCUUAUGAGAAUUAACAUGCUGUGAUUGGUUGAGGGUCUGACAUGCCAAUGCAGCCAAGUCACAACAGCAGGAGCUUUUGUUGCUUCGCACAGUGAUCCUUCUUAGAUAUUGUGUAGUCUGAAUGUGGAAGGUAAAUGAUCAAGCUUUCAAUGAAUAUGCCUUUGACUGAAUGCAAGUUCAGGUCUUGUGUCUGUCAUGUAUUUUCUCAUUAAUUAACUGAAGAAGAAUCUGCAGAUUUAUGCAAAGAGAGCACACCAAAAAGUCACAUUUCACACAUUUCAUUAGAAAUUAGCUGACAAAAUGCAUUAAACUGAGAUUAUCUCAGAUGAGUUUGUAGAUAUGUGAGAUCAGAAUGAGAACACAGCACACUUUGAGCAGAGAAGCCUUACACUCUUUCUGAAAUUCUCUCAAGUGAAUUUUGUUGUUUGCGCAGAUGGAGAUUUCAUGUUUACACGUCUGAUGAAGACUAGAUACAAUAUCUGCGAUGUCUUUCUAAAACAAUGCUUAAGUAAUCUUUUUAUACUGAUAUCACCUUCUUUUCUCUCUUUUUUGCUUUUAUCAUUAAUGAAUGUAAAAGAAAAAAGUCUGAAUAAAAUAGAUUUUGAGAUGUGACAUAAUAAAGACAGAUAUAACACUAUGAA